AUGGCCCGCUACCAGCUUUUACGGCCUGCGCCCGUAAAGAUUUACCCGAGGCGAUUUCGACGACAGGCACCUGCUCCAAGCGGACCACCUGCUGCGGGAGCAGAAGAGGAAGGGGAAGAAGAAGAUGAAGUAGAAGAAGGCCCUGAGAGCCCAGAUUCGCCUGGUAGUAGUUCCGAUGAAGGCGGUGUGUUGUCAAGUGAUGAAUCUGACUCCGAAUCUGAGGAAGAUGAACCCCCCUCGCCCGCAGAGAGUGGUGCUGCUCCCGGCCCGCAACCAAUACGACCCGCUCCAACAACGAUCUCGGGGUCUGCUUUGCCCAGCAAUACUCUUGCUGUCUCUAACAACCCACCAAGUACGCCUUCCGUCGUGUUCUCAUUACCGCCAGCUUUCACACAGGUCCUGACUUCUCAAGGCAAUAAUGCAGCGUUGCCACAAAUCACAAAUGCACCUUCAUCUACUGGGGGAGCACAGAGACCCAUCAGCAGUUCAUCUUCAUCUACCACAGUGCCACAGCCUAGUCAACUUCCAGCUGGUUUUCCACCGGGGCCAGCGCAGUCGGAUACCCAAGCCGGACAACCCCCUCAGAAAUCAGCUCAACAACAGGAUGGGCCAAUUGUCACCAGGACAGCAGCAGUGGCUGCAACUGUUCUAGGUGUAUUGGGUGCUCUCGCCCUUAUCAUCGGCCUUGUAAUCUUCAUCAAGCAACGCAGGCGUAGACUAGACAAAUACCACCAGCGCCUCGACGGUGAUGCUUUCAAUCCAGACAACACCAACUCACUGCGCGUUCCUGAGACCGCGCAUGUGGAGGAUGGAUCAUCGAUCUACAGUCGUAUCGGCGGCGGUGGCAGUGGCCACGGCACAAGCCAUCUCACGCAAUCCUCUGCACGAAGCAACACUCUCUUCGGUCCAGCAGCGUACGAGCGACCCGAAACCGUGUCCACAGAGCGCAACAGAUCUCGGUUCCCGGUUCCAUCGGCCAAUCCAUUUGCUGACCCGCCGCUGAACAAAGCGUACGAUGUUUUGGCUGGACGGCCGCGAUCGACAACGUUGACUGAUCGUGGUAGUUGGGUCAGGAACCCGUUCAAAGACCCGGAGAGUGAGCGCUUUGAUCCAUUUGGCGAACUGAAAGAAAAGGCGAGAAAGGAGCGGAUCAGGCACAUGGAGGAGGCUAGACGGGAGGCGGAGAGGGAAGUAGUUAGAGGCUAUGAAGAGAAAGAGAGGAUGGGGCUGGUGCCUGAUGGCAUGCCGUCAAGGAAGGGAAGUGGCGCCACGAUGGAGGGUGUGGGUGUCUUGGAUCGUAGUGGUGGAGGUGGUUAUCAUUGA